AAUAUAAGUUUUGUAAUAUUUUCAGUCUAAAGAAAAACAGAUCGUGUGAACAUCGACUACGUAUUUAACUUUUACAAAUGUAAAGAAUGGGACAUGAAAAGGUGAAGGAGGACAACGAACCAAAACUUGAUCUUAGAAACCGGUGUUACUAUUUGUUUUACUAUGAUAUUUAUCGCAACGUACCUAAUCAGUAUUGUUUUGUCCUUCUUUGUUGCUGCGUGUUCUGUCUUUUACUAAAUAAGUACAUAAUUACUUAAUAACAUUGUCUAACUUGCUAUCUUCUCUAAGAUGGGAUACUAUCUAUAGAGAGUUUAAGGUGGAGUCGUCAUUAUUGAUAUGAGCCGCCAUCUCGGAGUGCAUCUGUUAUCUCACAUCAUACCAAUAUGUAGUAAUUCCACUGGGAAGUGAUCGUCUAUACUCGUAUUUGCCGUGGACUGCAUUUUUAUAAUAUAAAUACACAAAUUCUUAUAACAAUCUUGUAUAAUAUUCUUGAAUUUGAUGGUACACUGACUUAUAACAUUGGAACUUUAUUGUGUAGUUUUAAAAAAUUCUAUUCAUACUUAAUACAGAAAUUUAUCCUAGAUAGUUUGAUUAUUACAAGGAAAACUGAAGAAGAAAACGUAAAGGAAAACGAAAACAUAAAAUGUUUCUUAAAUGGAAAGUUGUAGUGUUUUACAUCCUAAUGACCGUUAUGGAUGGUGAAGCAAACCGACCAAAUAUCGUCUUUAUUAUAGCAGAUGAUAUGGGUUGGGACGACGUCAGCUUCCACGGGUCGGAUCAAAUUCAGACGCCCAAUAUCGACCUUCUGGCGUACAGUGGCGUCGCUCUAGAGAGGUAUUACUCGCAUUGUGUGUGCACUCCGUCCCGCGCCGCCCUCCUCACUGGGAAGUUCGCAUAUGUUACAGGUAUGCAGGGUUAUCCCCUAACAAAUGGCGAGGACAGAGCUUUGCCGACAAUUGAGAAGAUUUUACCACAAUAUCUGAAAGAACACGGAUAUGCUACACAUCUGGUCGGUAAAUGGCACGUUGGGCUGUCGCGUGUCGAGUAUUUGCCCACUUCGAGGGGUUUCGACUCGCAUUUUGGUCACAGAGGCGGAUAUAUCGAUUAUUAUGAAUACGAUUUGUUGGAAACGUGGAAUAUCGGCGAUGUUUCUGGAUAUGACCUGUUCCGGAAUUUAUCAUUUGCUCGGGAUGUUGAAGGUUAUAUAACGGACGUAUACAAUGAAGAAGCUAAAUCAGUUAUAAAGUCGCAUGAUAUUUCCAAGCCAUUGUUUUUGAUGGUGGCCCAUAAUGCCCCGCAUUCAGGCAACGAGCAAGCGCCGCUGCAGGCUCCGCGAGAAGUUGUCCGCGAACUGCGCCAUAUAGAGCUGCCUCAACGACGAUAUUAUGCUGCUAUGGUAAAGAAACUUGACGACAGCGUAGGAGACAUCGUUAAAGCUUUAUUAGAAAAGGGCAUUCUCGAAAACACUAUCAUAAUCUUUAUUUCCGAUAAUGGAGGAAUAACGUCACAGGCGUUUGCAAAUUAUGCGUCUAAUUGGCCUUUGAGAGGCCUUAAAUCAAGUCCAUUUGAAGGAGGCGUUAGAGUCAAUGGACUUGUAUGGAGUAAGAAUUUAACUCAAAGUCAACAUUUAUGGAAAGGAUAUAUGCACGUGGUAGAUUGGUUGCCAACACUUUCAAAGGCUAUAGACAUUGACCCACCAACAAACAUAGAUGGAAUUGAUUUGUGGGAUAGUAUUGUAUCAAAUGAAGCAUCUAAAAGAGAUGUCAUAGUCGAGAUCGAUGAUUACACAGGAUUUGCAUAUAUUAUAAGUGGAGAUUAUAAGCUAGUUACUGGUGAGGUUUUGGCCAAUUACUGUACCUAUCAAGGAAACAAGCAUAAAGGUAUUGCUGGAAGUGGACCGUCAUAUAAAAGCAGUAUUGAGAAAAGUGCAGUAUACUCAGUACUAUCAAGAAUAGGAGUUCCGUUUCUCUAUUCAGAUACUAAUCUUAGAAAUGAGAUAAAAAUAUCUUGUGAUGUGGAUACAUCUAAAGAUUUAUGUUACCCUGGUAACGGUACCGUAUGUUUGUAUAACAUCAAAGAAGACCCAUGUGAAUCAACAGACUUAUCGACAAGCAAACCAGACAUCGUAGACAAAUUAACUUCUCGAUUACAGUUAGAAUUUAAAAGAGUAAUACCUAGAACUGUACCUCACGAAUCUAAUUUAAACGCUUUACCUAGUUUGCAUAACUAUACAUGGGAUGUGUGGAGAUCAUCAGAUGGUGAGACAAUACCUAUCACAAAAUAGUUUGACAGGUAACUGUCAACAACUAAUGUAGAUGGUAAUCAUGAACGCGUUUUCUUGCACAUAACGUAUGCUAGCACGUCUCCGUUCUAUGUUUUUGCUCAUUGUAUAUCUAAGGUUUAAUCAUCAUCAUCAUCAUCAUCAUCAUAUCAGCCGAUGGACGUCCACUGCAGGACAUAGGCCUUUUGUAGGGACUUCCAAACAUCACGAUACUGAGCCAACUGCAUCCAGCGAAUCCCUGCGACUCGCUUGAUGUCGUCAGUCCACCUGGUGGGGGGUCGGCCAACACUGCGCUUACUAGUGCGGGGUCGCCAUUCCAGCACUUUGGGACCCCAACGUCCAUCGGCUCUUCGCACUAUGUGCCCCGCCCAUUGCCACUUCAGCUUCGCAACUCGUUGAGCUAUGUCGGUGACUUUGGUUCUUCUGCGGAUCUCCUCAUUUCUGAUUCGAUCACGCAGAGAUACUCCUAACAUAGCUCGUUCCAUCGCCCGCUGUGUGACUCUGAGCCUUCUUAUGAGGCCCAUAGUUAGCGACCAAGUCUCGGAACCAUAGGUCAUCACUGGCAACACGCACUGUUCGAAGACUUAAGGUUUAAUAAAGAUAUGAAACUGCCGGUUUUUUAAAACCUGCUUUAGCUGCCUAGAUGGUUCUUUCUACUCAGUAGCUGUUUAUGAGAUCCAGGGUUUUCCGAUUAUCAAGUUUGGCACCCAAAAAUAAACGAAUUAUAUUUAAAAUACACUAUUUGGUUGUGUUGGCUGUGUUCGUGGCGUUACCCAAUCUGUGGUUCUAACUGAAAAUCAGCACUACGUGUCCAAAUUCAAAUGGUCAUGUAGCAUUAUGCUGAGCUGGGGCCAUUUUCUGGGUUAUGCUACACAUCGCAGUGUAUUGUCCUGGAUGUCAUGGUGUACUGGAGAUAUUGUGAUGUGUGGCAUAAUUUCGAAAUAAACGCAUUUUUCUUUCUUUCUU